GUCAAACUGAAUGAAAGCACAGCAAGCAGAAAACGAGAACGCAUCCGGAAACAAAUGCUCAAUAGUUACCACUGGAGAAACGAACCACGGAUUUGACAAGAGGGCAAAAGGACAAAAAGUGCUGCCACCAGAAAGGAAUGUCUUUUCUGAAAAAUGUAAUCGCAGGGAAAAGAAGGAUUUGGCCUUCUCAUCUGGAAAAAUUGAUCAGAGCUGAGACUCAGCAGUGGGAACAGAAACCAUCCAAACGCAUCAUAGAUGCCAGCUGGGGUGAUGCUCACAGGAUGGGAAUUAAACCGAUCUCCUUUGUACGCCAGGUCACUGCUGCUUGCCUUUACCCUGAGCUUCUCCACAGUGAGAGGCUCCCAGUGGAUGUUCAAAUGAGGGCUCAGAGAUUCCUGAAACAGUGUGAUGGAGGGAGUGUGGGUGCAUAUACAGUACCGUGUGGUGUCGCUCAUGUGAAACGCAAUGUGUCCGAUUUUAUCUUGCGACGGGAUGGGGGGAUACCUUCUAACCCCGACAACAUCUUCAUCUGCAAUGGCUCUCAGUCAGCUCUUAUGGUUAUUUUGAAGCUUCUGUCCUAUGGAAAAGGCCUGUCCCAAACAGGGAUUCUAGCCCCACUACCCAACUACAGCAGUUUCAAUCUGAUGCUGGCAACGCAGGGUACAGUGAUGGUGCCCUAUCAUCUCUGUGAGGAAGAAGGCUGGUGUCUGAAAGUGGAGGAGCUACGCAGAGUCCUCCAUGCCGCGAGGAGUCACUGUAGCCCCAGAGCUCUGUAUGUCAUAAAUCCUGGAAAUCCCACAGGACAUAUUCAGAGCAGAGAGUCCAUUGAAGAUGUGAUUCGGUUUGCUGCUGAAGAGAAGCUCUUCCUGUUAGCUGAUGAGGUGUACCAGGACAUUGUGCACAUGGAGGGCUGUGAGUUUAUCUCCUACAAGAAGGUCUUGUUUGAGAUGGGGCCAGAGUACUCAGACACAGUGGAGAUGGCUUCAUUUCACUCAAUUUCCAAGGGCUUCAUGGGAGAAUGUGGACUGCGUGGAGGUUACAUGGAGCUUCUGAAUGUCAACCCGGCAGUCAUGCAGUUGACACACACACUCAUCUCCACCAUGUCAUGCUCUUCCGUAAUGGGCCAGAUUGCUCUGGACAUCUUGGCUGACCCCCCGCAGGUCGGAGAUCCCUCAUACCCCACAUAUUCAGAGGAGGUCCUGUGCAGACGGAACAUGCUGGCCUGGAACAUUCGUCUGGCCCAGGAUGUCCUUGGAGGUCUACCCGGGGUGAUUUGUCAGCCGGUGAUGGGUGGUAUAUAUGUCUACCCCCGUCUGCACCUCCCCUCAAGAGCAGUGGAGCAGGCCAAGGUCAGUUGA